GCGAGAACGUUGCUCUCUUUCUAGCCAUCAAUUUCACUCUCGUAUUCAGCUUUCCAUCUACUCGCUCAAUUUCUUUCAAACAAGUCAAUACAUAAAUAGGCAAAGGAAGCUCCCGAUGAGCUCAUUUUCGAGUUUGUUGUAAUUCGGAAUGUUGAUGACGAGAGUUUGGAGAUCAACAAUUCACGGAAAUGGAAAAUGGGCGUUAGGGUUUUGGUGGUGGAGGAGGAGGAUUUGUUCGAGCAGCGAAGGAAAACAGCGGCCAACAAGUGGAAAGAGAAUUGCAGCGGCUUUGUGGGGGAAUGGUGACUAUGGGAGGUUGGGAUUGGGUGGCUUAGAGUCCCAAUGGAGGCCUGUUUUUUGCUCUGCGUUUGGGGAUCAAAGUCUCCGUCAGAUCGCUUGUGGUGGAGCUCAUACUCUCUUUUUGACAGCACUCUACUUUUCAUAUGAUUUUUGCAAGACCAGUUUAGAAUUCACUCAGAAUGUGAGCAUUAGGGAUCACAUUGGUGAAGUAAUUGGAAGAAAGCUGAACAAAGAAGAAGAGCAAUGUAACAUAAACUGA